AUGGAAAGUUGGGAUAUUAGCAAUGUGGUAUCUCCUCAUUUAAGUGAUUUGUUAGAUGACGAAGAUCAAGAACUAGAAGAGAUUCCGAGAGACCAGAAGGAUUGGAUGGCUUUAUGUCAUAUAACGGGUAAAUACAUUUUGAUGUAUUGUGAAAGAUACAUAUGCAAAGAACCUUGUCGUACAUCAAUGCGCUCUGGAAAUGAGUUUAUCCAAGAGAUAUUACGAGGAAAUGAGACUCGUUGUUAUAAAAAAUUUUGCCUGAAGAAGGCGGUGUUCAUUGAUCUAUCCAAUGACCUAACUGAUAAAUAUGGGCUUAAACCCACUCGUGGAAUGUCUAUACAUGAAAUGUUAGGCAUAUUCUUGAUGAAUUGUGCACAUGGAGUUGGAAAUCGAAUGAUACAAGAUAUCUUUCAACAUUCUGGAGAGACAAUUCAUAGACACUUUUAUAGUGUUUUAAAGGCCGUUUGCAAGCUUGCAAGAGAUUUCAUUCAACCACAUCUAAAUUAUAAUGAUGGUUGCGAUGCUCAUAAGCCAUGUGAACAAAGAUAUCUUCCUUUCUUUAAAGACUGUAUUGGAGCAAUUGAUGGCACAGAUGUUAAAGCUAGAUUUCCGCAAGGUCAAGAGAUACCAUAUAUUGGACGUAAAAGUUAUCCAUCUCAGAAUAUUCUUACCGUUGUUGAUUUUAAUAUGUGUUUUACAUUUGCAUGGGCUGAGUGGGAAGGAGCAGCUCACGAUAGUCGUAUAUUUGCUGAGGCCCUUCGUAGAGAAGAGCUCAACUUUCCACAUCCACGCGAAAACAAAUAUUAUCUAGUUGAUUCAGGAUAUUCACACAUGAAAGGAUACAUGGCUCCAUUCAAAGAAAAUAAUGUAAGAUAUCACCUAGCUGAAUUUCAUCGCGGUGCAACUCGACAAUUGCGAGAGCCAAGAGGAUGCAUUGAGAAAUUUAACUAUUUACACUCUUCUUGUAAAAAUGUAUUAGAACCCACAUUUGGCAUUUGGAAAGCAAGAUGGUCUAUUUUGAGAGACAUGCCAUACUAUCACAUUGACACACAAAGGGAUAUCGUACUUUCUACUAUGACCAUUCACAAUUAUAUUAGAAAAAAAUGCAAUGUGGAUGAUGCAUUCCAAACAGCCGAGAAUGAGAGCUAUAUUCCAUCGGUUGAUUCUAAUGAUAUUGACACAACUUCAAGAGCUAACAAUGUAGAUGUCGAAGAUGUAGGAGAACAAAAUGAUCUCUAUUGGAUGGGGUUUCAUGAUAUGAUUGCUAGUGACAUUUCUAAUGCUUGA